AUGGGUGACGUCCUGGUAGAAAACCCGGCCAGCCUUGCAUCCAUCAAAAAGCCGGCGCCGUCGACGAUACCGGCCAUCGAUAACUUCGAGGGGAUUGCCACAGACACCGGUGAUGACUACGCAGAUCUGAAGAAGCUGCAACGGCAACUGGAGUAUAUCCAGCUGCAGGAGGAGUACAUCAAGGAUGAGCAGCGCAGCCUGAAGCGGGAGCUCGUCCGCGCCCAAGAGGAGAUCAAGAGGAUUCAGAGUGUGCCCCUGGUCAUCGGCCAGUUCAUGGAGGCUAUUGACCAGAACACCGGCAUAGUCCAAUCCUCCACCGGCUCUAACUACGUCGUGCGCAUCCUAUCCACCCUCGACCGCGAGCUCCUGAAGCCCUCGUCAUCGGUCGCGCUACACAGGCACUCCAAUGCCCUCGUUGACAUCCUGCCGCCCGAGGCCGACUCCUCCAUCGCCAUGCUUGGCGCUGACGAGAAGCCCGAUGUGACGUACGCAGACGUCGGUGGUCUGGACAUGCAGAAGCAGGAGAUCCGCGAGGCCGUGGAGCUGCCCCUGACGCACUUCGACCUGUACAGGCAGAUUGGUAUUGACCCCCCGCGUGGUGUGCUGCUGUACGGCCCGCCCGGUACAGGAAAGACAAUGUUGGUGAAGGCGGUGGCGAAUAGCACAACCGCCAACUUCAUCCGAGUUGUAGGGUCUGAGUUCGUGCAGAAGUACCUGGGUGAGGGCCCCCGAAUGGUUCGAGACGUGUUCCGGAUGGCGAGAGAGAAUUCGCCCGCCAUCAUCUUCAUCGACGAGAUCGACGCCAUCGCCACGAAGCGAUUUGACGCCCAGACCGGUGCCGACCGUGAGGUGCAGCGUAUCCUGCUUGAGCUGCUGAACCAGAUGGAUGGUUUCGACCAGACCGCCAACGUCAAGGUCAUCAUGGCGACGAACCGUGCCGACACGCUCGACCCUGCACUGUUGCGACCUGGACGUCUGGACCGAAAGAUUGAGUUCCCGUCGCUGCGGGAUCGCCGGGAGAGGCGGCUGAUCUUUACGACCAUCGCCUCCAAGAUGAGUCUUGCGCCCGAGGUGGACCUUGACUCGUUGAUCGUGCGCAAUGACCCCUUGAGUGGCGCUAUCAUUGCGGCCAUCAUGCAGGAGGCAGGCCUGCGGGCUGUGAGGAAGAACAGAUACAACAUCAUCCAGAGCGACUUGGACGACGCGUACUCGAGCCAGGUCAAGGGCACGAGUGACGAGAACAAGUUCGAAUUCUACAAAUAA